AUGAAGAAAUCUAAGGCAAUGCUGUUUUCAGCUGCAUGUUCGGAUGGAUCUACUAUUGAUGAAGAUGGGAAAACCUGCAUUAAAUGUCCAGCAGAUGAAUACUGGGUGAACCAAACUGCCUGUGAAUCUUGUCCGAAUAACGGAACGACCGAAGGGAAAACUGGUGUCACGGGCGUUGAAUUUUGCAAAGCUGUUAUAGAAUGUCAAGACCUUGAAGAAGUAGAUUUUGCUACUAUAACUGAACAGACUGGUAUCCAGGAAAACGACACAACUACGUACAAAUGUAAUACUGGAUAUGAAUUGAUCUCUGGCGACCUGAUUCGUGAAUGUAUAAGGGAUACGUGGAAUGGAAGUUCUCCAGUCUGUGUUAUAGUUAGUUGUCCAUGCCUUGCAGACGUGAAAUUCUCUAGUAUAACUACACAGACUGGUGGGAACUAUCAAGACACAAUAACGUACGCUUGUAACCCUGGCUAUGAAUUGACGUCUGGUAGCCUGACCCGUCAAUGUCUGGUUGAUAAAACCUGGAAUGGAAGUGCUCCAAUCUGCGAGAUAGUAAGUUGUCCGAGCCUUGCAGACGUGAACUUCUCUAUUGCUGCCCAGACUGGUUCAAACUACAAAGACACAAUAACUUACGCUUGUAUUGCUGGCUAUGAAUUGACGUCUGGUAGUCUGACUCGGCAAUGUAUGGAUGAUAAAACCUGGAAUGGAAGUGUUCCUGUCUGCGGUAUAGUAGGAUGUUCACUCCUUACAGACGUCAAGUUCUCUAAUAUUACUACACAGACGGGUGGGAACUACCAAGACACAAUAACUUACGCUUGUAUUACUGGCUAUGAAUUGACCUCUGGUAGCUUGACUCGUCAAUGUAUGGCUAAUGGAACCUGGUUCGGAAGUGCUCCAGUCUGCGAUAUAAUAAGUUGUCCAAACCUUGCAGGCGUGAGGUUCUCUGUUGCUAUCCAGACUGGUACAAAUUACCAAGAUACAAUAACUUACGCUUGUAUCACUGGCUAUGAAUUGACGUCUGGUAGUCUGACUCGGCAAUGUAUGGAUGAUAAAACCUGGAAUGGAAGUGCUCCAAUCUGUGAGAGGGUAAUUUGUCCGCGCCUUGUAGACGUUGAGUUCUCUAAUGCUAUCCAGACUGGUUCAAACUACCAAGACACAAUAACUUACGAUUGUAUCACUGGCUAUGAAUUGACUUCUGGUAGCCUGACUCGGCAAUGUAUGGAUGAUAAAACCUGGAAUGGGAGUGCUCCAAUCUGUGAGAUUGUAAGUUGUCCGAGCCUUGCAAAUGUGAACUUCUCUAUUGCUGCUCAAACUGGUUCAAACCUCCAAGACACAAUAACUUACGCUUGUAUCACUGGCUAUGAAUUGACGUCUGGUAGCCUGACUCGUCAAUGUCUGGACGAUAAAACCUGGAAUGGAAGUGUUCCGAUCUGCGAAAUUGUAACUUGUCCUGGCCUUGCUGACGUGAAGUUCGCUAACAUUACUAACGAAACUGGUUCAAAUUACCAAGACACAAUAACUUAUGCUUGUAUUACUGGAUAUAAAUUGACGUCUGGUAGCCUGACUCGUCAAUGUAUGGAUGAUAAAACCUGGAACGGUAGUCCUCCAGUCUGCGAGAUAGUAACUUGUCCAGUCCUUGCAGACAUGAUAUUCGCUAUCACUACUAACGAAACUGGUACAAACUACCAAGACACAAUAACUUACGCUUGUAACCCUGGCUAUGAAUUGACGUCUGGUAGUCUGACUCGGCAAUGUAUGGAUGAUAAAACCUGGAAUGGAAGUGCUCCAAUCUGUGGUAAACAUUUUUCAAAAGUUUCAAUAUUAUAA